AUAUUGCUUUUCCGCUAACCAUAUUUGAGAUAUUGCAUCAAUGACCCCACAAUCCCAACGGCUCAAAACCAACGUCUCUCUCUUUCACCAAACUCUUUCACUGUUUUAUUAAAGACACCUACUCAACUCUGUUUUCGUCCUCUGCAAUACAUAUAAUAUGUAUGAAACUUCCUCACAGUCUCCCACCUUUUUGGCUUCUCUCUCUCUCUCCCUGUGAAACUAGCACUUAUCCAUACUCUAAUUUUAGCUAUAACCCUCUUGUUCUUUCACCAAAAAAAGACUAAAAUCCUCUUUUGGACCAAACCAAUUGCAACCUCUUUCUCUUUCUCUUAGUGGGUUUUUUUUUUUUUUUUUUUUUUUUUUUUUUUAAUUUUUUUAACGCGUUUCUAAAUAUAGCCAAAUUGUAAACGAGUAUCAAGCUUGUGGUUAACAAUAUAUAUGCUUUAAACAGCUCCUCUGUUUUCGUCUAAGAUGAGCCCCUCCCUCUGUCCCUCCAUCUCUUCUGUGAGGUGACAAAGAUUGUGAGGUUGGUUUUUGCGUUUUCCAACCAUUUUUCAUGAAAUGGGUUCGUCUAGUUUUGGAUUCAUGUCAAUUGAAAAUGAUUGAUUAAGAAUCCAGACUCUGAAUUCAAUUUCAGAAGGAAAAAAAAUGGCAUCCUCUGAAGUUGAAUACGCUUCCUCUGCGCCUUUUGGUUGCGUUCUAAGGGACAAUGGUAGGCAUGAUCGGUACAGAGAAAACGGUAAUCGAGCUAACUUUCCGAAAAACCUCAAGCACUUGGUGACGGGUCGCCUCCAUUCGUGCAUUGAAAUAUCUUCGGGCUCUGUAUCAGAUGAGAACCCGGGGGCUCAAAAUGAUAAUAUUGUUGAAUCUUGGAUUGGCAAUGGAGAGAGGAGCAGCAAUCAUAGUCCCAAUGAUGGGAAAAAGUCCUCAAUAAUGAGCCCAAAGCUGAUGCAAAGUCUUGAAAGAUGGACUGCUCGAACAGAACAAGAGAUUGUAUCAACAUUUGACAAACAGAGGCAGGAGGCAGAGCUCUCGGAAUUAUCAAAUUUUCCAAUCAUGUCAUCAGGGGAAUCAAGUUUUAGGAGGGAGGAAGUCUCCCCGGAUCCACCGGUUGGUUCUGUCGAAAUUCCAAACCUCGGGGCUUCUUCCCUUGUCCAGAUAUGGGAGAAGAGGCUUACCAAUUCCAACAGUAUGAAAUCAAGGUCUAAUUCUGAAAACAGCAGUGUUGAAAAUGGUUUCCCUGUUCAAGAAUCAUCAGCUGAAGCAGGGGAAUCUGUUGUUGAAGAAAAAUAUGAUGCUCAGCCUAAUGAUGACCCCUUUCCUGAUUGGGAGUCAGGUAGAACAUCUCCAAACAAUCCGCCUUCUUCGUCACAAGGCUGUAGUUCAGAAGGAGAGAGUGGAUAUCAUUAAGAGGUUAACAGCUGCAACACAAAUGCAGAGCCCCAGGUCCUCAUCUUGUGGCGAUGACAAUGAUCACGAGCAGUAUAGCAUGCUUGGAUCGCCAUUUAGAGAGCGGGAAUGUUCUUAUUGGGAUCCAUUUGAUUAUAAAGUUUUGCCAAAGGUUAUUUCACCCCGGAUCAGAGGGCGUCAAGCAUUCACGGAUUUGCUUAUGCAAUUGGAACGCGACAGGCAAAGGGAGAUAGACACAUUGGCUGAGCGACGAGCAGUUUCUAGAUUCACACAAAGAGGCCGCAUUCAGUCAUUGAUUCGACUUAGAUUACUUCAACGGGGCAUUGCAAUUCAAGAUCAACCACACCCGCAACCAACAGUAUCUGAAGUGAACAAAUUACCACAAGGAUCUACCAUCAUGCAUCUAAGAGAGAGAUUUAGCACAGGUGUAGAGCAGGUCACAACAGCCCAGAAUGAUGCCACUUAUCCAAGAAGCCCACGUCUGGAGAUGGUAAAGAAUGCAGCUCAUUUGGACAGUUCUUGCAGGGAAAGACCUAGCACAAGUGAUGAGCAGGUCACAACAGCCCAGAAUGAUUCAACUUAUCCAAGAAGUCCUCCUCGGGAGACAGUACGCAAUGAAGUUCAUUUGGACAGUUCUUGUAGGGAGAGACUUAGCACAGGUGUUGAGCAGGUCACAACAGCCCAGAAUGAUUUGGCUUAUCCAAGAAGCCCUCGUCAGAAGAUAGUAAACAAUGAAGUUUAUUUGAACAGUUCUUCCACCUUCAAUCAGCCAAGAAGUCCUCCUCGGGAGACAGUACGCAAUGAAGUUCAUUUGGACAGUUCUUGUAGGGAGAGACUUAGCACAGGUGUUGAGCAGGUCACAACAGCCCAGAAUGAUUUGGCUUAUCCAAGAAGCCCUCGUCAGAAGAUAGUAAACAAUGAAGUUUAUUUGAACAGUUCUUCCACCUUCAAUCAGCCAAGAAGUCCUCCUCGGGAGACAGUACGCAAUGAAGUUCAUUUGGACAGUUCUUGUAGGGAGAGACUUAGCACAGGUGUUGAGCAGGUCACAACAGCCCAGAAUGAUUUGGCUUAUCCAAGAAGCCCUCGUCAGAAGAUAGUAAACAAUGAAGUUUAUUUGAACAGUUCUUCCGCCUUCAAUCAGCCAAGAAGUCCUCCUCGGGAGACAGUACGCAAUGAAGUUCAUUUGGACAGUUCUUGUAGGGAGAGACUUAGCACAGGUGUUGAGCAGGUCACAACUGCCCAGAAUGAUUCGGCUUAUCCAAGAAGCCCUCGUCAGAAGAUAGUAAACAAUGAAGUUUGUUUGAACAGUUCUUCCACCUUCAAUCAGCCAAGUAACCACUUUCAUAAUCAGGAAGUUAAUAUAACUGAGCAGCAUAGUACACACCAAUUAGAGAACUCAAUGACACACAUAAAGGAAGAUGUUCAUGAAGAAGCCAGAAGUUCAGAUGUGACAUUGCAAGGAACAAGCUCAGAGUUUAGAAAUCUUGACUCAGAAGAAUUUGCAGAUAGAACUGCAUCCUUUAGGUUUUGGGCUGAGAAUGAGAUAGCAGAAGAAGUGGAGGUCAUUGACCAUGAUUAUGCAGAAACCAGUUACGACUGGAUUAAUGACAUUGCUCGCCCACGGAGUUAUUGGGAACAUUGCAGACAAGAACGGUAUGAGGAGGUGCUUAAUAACUCAGACAAUGGGGAGAUAUGUCAACUCCUUGAAAGAAGAACAGUAUCAAGUUUUCUCACUAGUGAUUUCAGAGAGAGAAUAGACAGAUUGAUGGUAUCUCACUUAGAUAGACAGGUGCAUCUAGAAGAAAGAGAAGAUGAGAAUGGCAGCCAGGAGGGAAUGGACCAAUUCAUGUCUUUCUUACAUAGUUUUACGGAUCCAUCAGGCAGUCAAGAAGAAGAAGUAGUAGAAGAAGAGGAGGAGGAAGACAGAGAUGUGGCAGAGGAAGGAGAGGAGAGCCUAAUCAGUGGUCAGUGUCAUGAAGCUGGCGAUUACUUUGAUGAAUCCUCAUCAUCAACGCAAAUAGCUUCACCAUAUCCAUUAGGGUCAUGGAGUUAUCAGGAUAAUCAAGUUGGUGAUGAUUCUGAUCAAGUUACAUCCACAUCUCCACGCCAACAUUUACCGUCUCAACCUUACUAUCAGGAUAGUCAGCAAAACUCUUCCGCCACAAAUCCUAAUUCAAUUGAAAUGGAACUCAUAUAUGAUAUGAGAGGCCAAAUGGAGCAACUCUAUCAUGAGAUGUCUGAGCUAAGAAAAUCAAUCAAGAGCUGCAUGGACAUGCAGAUGAUGUUGCAACAAUCCUCUAAGCAGGAGUCUCAUUCAGCUCAGGGGGAGGGGAAGAAGUCCUAUGAUGGGGUACCAAAGAAAGGCAAUUGUUGUAUUUGCUAUGAAAAGCAAAUCGACUCACUUUUAUACAGAUGUGGACACAUGUGCACUUGUCUCAAAUGUGCUCAUGAAUUGCAAUGGGGUAGUGGAAAGUGUCCAAUAUGUCGAGCUCCAAUAGUGGAUGUCGUGCGAGCUUAUGUGGAUUCAUAGAUUAUUUGUGAAUGAAUUCAUGCUCCACAGGACCACCUUUAUUAAUAGAUCUUAACUUGAAGAAGCGAGUUGAAGUUGAAGCAUUUAAUUUAUUUGCCAUGUAAAUAUUGUACAAGAAACUCAUUCAACAUCACACAAAGUUUCUCUUUUUCAACAUAUACUCUGUAUAUGUGUUUUUUUUGAAGAGAAAUGACGACUAACAUGUUCUGAAAUUCCAUCUCUGUAUAUACAGUUCUAGUUUUUUUUUUUUCUUUUUCCUUUUUCUUUUUGGGGUUUCUUUUCAAAAUAUCCUCUGUAUUGUUCUCCCUACAAGGUUGGAUUAACAAAUGAAUGCUUGUUCUGCAGUGGAGAAA